UUAAUCUGUUUCCUGGGAUUUGUCAACAUGUACACUGUGAGAUUUACCAUUGUACCAGGCAGCUGUGAUGUCAUAAAUACCACAGACUCGACCAACCAAUCAGCUGUACGAAAUGGGAUGACAAGUUGCCUCGGAUCGCACAUAUGCAAGUAUGGGGAAGAAGCCCGACGAUUGCUGGCCAGCUCUCUACUCUGGGGUGACGUCAUCAGUCAACUGCCCACUGGCGUGCUUGCGUGGAAGUUUGGCGGAAAGAUCGUAUUGUGCACGUGCAUGUUUAUUUCAGCGCUUACCACGCUUCUGACACCGUUAGCGUUUGAGACAAACAAGGAACUGGCCGUAACGUCUAGGUUCAUAUUUGGCCUGAGUCAGGGAGCCACAUGGCCAGCUGUACAGACACUCCUGGCGAGAUGGUCACCUCCUCAAGAAUCUGGUAGACUUGCAGGACUGGCUUACAGUGGUGAGUAGGUGCAUGUACACAGACAGUGA